GUCAACGAGAGCCUCGGACAAACAGCACGCACACAGAGCGGCGCCAUGCAGUAGACCGAUCCCGACAGCUAGCCUGUCGAAAUGCCUCCCGAAGCCCUCGAGCCGACCCGCGGCUGAAUGCUUGUCCACGGGCGCACACUGUGGCGUUACUUCACCGUUCGAACAUGCGGAACCGGGACAAGACCGACAAAAUGGCGAGCGUUUGAGUUUAAUUCGACCGUUUCGCUCGGCGUAGCGAGACAGAGGCAGUGGCUCUUUCCCCAAAGUAAGUAGACGGUUAGCAGGGCGCGUGUGAAGGAUCGAAAUUAAAGGAGCAGUACAACCGCUGCAGCUCUCGUAAUGGAAAAGCAGCAGAGCGAUUUGGACCGAGACCGACAGUAUUGUGAACUUUGUGGGGAGAUGGAGAACCUCCUUAAGUGUGGAAGGUGCCGAAGCUCCUUCUACUGUAGCAAGGAGCACCAGAAACAGGACUGGAAGAAGCACAAGCUCAUUUGUAAGGUGGCGGACAAGUCCCUGAUUUCCAAACAGAUACCCGGACACACUCCUCCGUCGGGAGAGGACGGGGGACCGGAUAAAACCAGCACGGAGAAUGUCCCCGAUCAGUCGAACUCCCCGUCUUCACCACCAGCCCCAGACACAGAAGCACCUGCAGCCGGGUAUCGAGCGGGAGAGGUGGGAUCUAACGGCCCCGCCACACCUAACGGACAAACCAGCCUGUCCCCUCAGAGACUCGCCGUGGAGAUCAUAGUACCGUGCAUGAACAAGCACGGCAUCUGCGUCGUGAACGACUUUUUAGGAGAAAAGACCGGGCUGAGCGUUCUGGAGAAUGUCAAGGCCUUGUACAAAAAGGGUAAAUUCACAGAUGGACAGCUGGUCAGUCAAAAGAGCGACUCUCCUAAAGACAUCAGGGGGGACAAAAUCACGUGGAUAGAGGGGGGAGAGGACGGCUGCGAGAAGAUCAAGUUCCUCAUGGGUCGCAUGGACGACCUAAUCAGACAUUGUAAUGGCAAACUGGGGAACUACACUAUAAAUGGAAGGACAAAGGCAAUGGUGGCAUGUUACCCUGGAGACGGAACAGGUUAUGUGCGCCAUGUGGACAACCCCAAUGGCGACGGACGCUGCGUCACGUGCAUUUAUUACCUCAACAAAGGCUGGAACGCCAAGGAACACGGCGGCCUUCUCCGAAUCUUCCCAGAAGGUAAAUCCAAGUUUGCCGACAUAGAGCCAACAUUCGACCGCCUGCUGCUGUUCUGGUCGGACAGACGGAACCCUCACGAGGUCCAGCCCGCUCUGGCCACAAGGUAUGCCAUCACCGUGUGGUACUUUGAUGCAGACGAGCGAGCCAGAGCUAAAGAAAAGUAUUUAACAGGUGCGGGAGAAAAAGGAGUAAAAGUGGAGCUUGAGAAACCGUCGGAUCCCAGCUAGGAGGAAGAGCUCGUCUGUCGCCAGCAGCCUACAAGUGCUCCAUCUUACGAAAGUGGCCUAUACCUGAGCAUGUGUUUGUGUUCUAAUGGCAACACAGCUAAUCUGUGCUUGAAUGGGUAAAAAAAUCUUGCAUAACAAGAAGUUUAAAGUCAUUUCUGUUGGUCACAGCAGAGCGGACAGACUAAAGGACAUUGAAUGUCAACGUUUACCGAAAAGGGAUUUUCUCUUGUUCCCCCUUCCUCUCAGCUCGUUCACAUUUACAGUUCAGACAGAAGGCUUCAGGUCAGCGUCCCACACGCGUCGUUUCCCUCCACUUCAUUCCUUAAAGGUACAGUCAGCGUUUUGCAUGCGUGUCAUGGAGCUUUUCUCACAUGGAACGGGGCUGUUGAGAUGAGCUUCCUUUUCAAAUAAUUUGAGGACUAAUCUGAAUUAAAGUCAUAUUUUUCCUGCCA